AUUUAUUGGAAAUCUUUAAAGAUUAAAGUGGGGUCAGACAGAUGUCAAUGAAAAAAAUAUAUAUAUAAUUUUAGCCAAAAAAAAAUCGUUUUACUUUAAAGGGAUAGUUUAGGCACCAUAACAACUUAUUAAUAUGAAGUGGUGAUGGUGCCCGAAGUGUCCCUUUAAGGGGAAUGACACACCAUGAGCCUUAAAAACGAAGUUUUAUAAUGAAAUGGAAAAUAAACCAGAUGUAGCCCUAUAAUAAUUGACACCUCUCUCACAGAUUAGUAUAAUACCCAUGGCUUACAGUUUGUCCCCAUUAGCUGCGGCACAGCCAGCUGUUCUGACAGGCACAUUCCUUACAGGGCGAAGGCGGUGGCAGCGCCAGUGACGUUCCUUUACGCGCCUGUCAUUCUACGUCAUCCAUACGCGCGGCUGUGUAAGGCUGUGACGGGCGCGCCUUGGUGAUUAGCUGUGCUUGCGUUCCAAGCCUCGGUGCCGCUGCCUCGUUCAAGUCCUCGGUUAUGGCGGGAGAAGUGGAAAACGAAAGAGGCCUGGGAAUGGCCUGCGGGCGUUUACUGGUGCUGCUCUUACUGUUACCCAGUGUAUUGUGUAUUUCAGCUUCAGGUAAAAAGACUGCAUGUUUCCAGGUCCUUCAGUCCACAUCAUGUGCUAUCAGUACUCCGGGGACUUCCCUCUUUCCCCACGUUUGGCAUAGUUAAGCUAAAGCUUCUCACUACACUGGGGACAGUCACUGCCAUUGGUCUGGCAGCUCCCACAGGUGCAGCAAGUAGUAAACUUAUUCACAAUGGGAGGGCUGCCAGACUUUUUGCCGUGUGGGGUUUGGGGAGCAUUCCUAAGAUUAGGUUAAAAGUCAGGUAGAUUUUAGGUUUAGCAGUUUGUCAUUGGAGAAAUGACAGAUGUUUUUUUCCUCCAGCCCCGAUCUGUCUUUUUUGCCCAUUCCCCAGACCCUCUGUUUCUUUGUGUGUGUCCCAGGCCAUCUGGGUGUCUCCCCCACCCAUGCCCCUGACAGUCUCUUUUGUCCCUUCCCCAGCCACUCUGUGUCUUGUUCUCUCCACAGGACCAUUUAUGCGUGUCUUUCUCCCCCGCACCUCUCCCCCCUGUCGCUUUGUGUCCAUAGUCUUGGUACACUUUUCGUCAGAUUUAGUCAACUAAAAUAUUGGAGAUUGUAAACUAAAACAGUUAAGAUGACUAAAAUACGGCUAAUAUUAAAAUGUUUUUUUUAGUGAAAAGAGUAGAACUAAAACUAAAAAGUUGCUGCUAAAAUCAAAACUGGGGGAGUAGAGAAUAUGACACGUGAAGGGGUGGGGAGAACUGAGAUGCAUGGAAUGGCUAGUGGGGAAACAAAGCGACAUAGAGAGGCAGCGGGAGAAAGUGACAAUGGCCAUGAGAGGGAUGCCCACCUGCCACGUCAAGGCAAACCUCUUAGGUGGGUCCUACACUGACUACUCACCUUGCUUCCUUGAGCUUCUUGCAGAGAUUUCUUUGAGACAGAGAGGGGUAUUUUUUUAUGAAUAAAAUUGUCAUUGCACUACUGUAUGUACAGUUGUGAUUUUCUUUUUUACUGUAUUUAACCCCUUAACAUCAGAGGGCGUACAAUUACGCCCUGUUUUAGGCGGCUCUAAACGCCGCCGGGCGUAAUUGUACGCCCUCUGGUCUUUUCUUACUUACCAGGUCGCCGGCGGUCCCACGGGGCACGUCCGACCCCCUGGCAGCCCCCCGACCAUGUGAGAGUGAGGUUCUUGCGAGGACCCCACAAUCACAUGGCCAGGGGGGCUGCCUGUAAUGACCCCCUGCUGGCUGAAAAUAAAAUUAAAAGUGUAAAAAAAAAAAAAAAAAGGACGGAGCCAAAUGUACACGUUGUGAACGAAACAAAACCUGGCAUUUGCGCUACAUGUCUUUCCAACCAUAAUUCACCUCUUUCAUAUUAAAUGCACCCACCCUUAUUUAUCAUUUUAUUCAGGGGAAACAGGGCUUUCAUUUAAUAUCAAAUAUUUAGCUAUAAAAAAUAAUUUAAUAUGAAAAAAAUGGGAGAAAAUAAGAAUUAAAAAAAAAAGUUUCAUUUUAUUUUUUUAAUUUUAUUUUUUAACAUAUUUACAUAUUUUUUUUUUUUAUAUUAUAUGUAUAUUUUUUUUUUACACUUAUAAACUUUUAUUAAUUUUAUUUUCAGCCAGCAGGGGGACCACCUGUCAUUACAGGCAGCCCCCCUGCUGGCAAUGCAGGAGGCAGCUACCCCCGGCCAUGUGAUUGUGGGGUCCUCGCAAGGACCUCACUCUCACAUGGCCGGGGGGGCUUUCAGGGGGUCGGACAUGCCGCGGGGGACUCCCUGCGAGUCCCACCCCAACCGCGAUCGCCGGCGACCGGGUAAGUACAGAAAGACCGGAGGGCGUACUAUUACGCCCGGCGGCGUUUAGAGCCGCCUAUAAUAGGGCGUAAUAGUACGCCCUCCGGUCUUAAGGGUUUAAAGGGUUAAUGCAACCUUAGAUAAACAAAAAUGACAGUGUAUUGAUUUAUUUCACAAAAAUAAAGCCGAAAUUGAGAAGCCAUGUGUGAAAAACUAAGUAUACUCUUACUGCUUCCAUAGAAAUUAAGUGGCUAAGUAAGACAGGUGCAACUAAUCAGAUACCCUUGAUUAACCCCUUAAGACCGGAGGGCGUACUAUUACGCCCUAUUUUAGGCGGCUCUAAACGCCGCCGGGCGUAAUAGUACGCCCUCCAGUCUUUCCUUACUUACCCGGUCGUCGGCGGUCCCACGCCGGCGAUCGUGGUUCGGGGGACUCCCAGGGAGCCCCCCCCGCGGCAGAUCUUCCUCCUCCGGUCCCCCCCGGCCAUGUGAGAGUGAGGUCCUUGCGAGGACCUCACAAUCACAUGGCUGAGAUAGCUGCCUCCUGCAUUGCCAGCAGGGGGGCUGCCUGUAAUGACAGGUGGUCCCCCUGCUGGCUGAAAAUAAAAUAAAUAAAUGUUAAAAGUGUAAAAAAAUAAUAAUAUAUACUUAGAUCAUAAAAAUAUAUUAUAUAUAUAUGAUCUAAGUAUAUAUAUAUACACAUAUACAUACACACACGUACACUGUAUAGGUGUAUUUUACAAUUAAUAUAUAUAUAUAUAUAUAUAUAUAUAUAUAUAUAUUAAUAUCAAAUUACACGUAGACUGAUACUUAUUAAAUAUAUAUAUAAUUAUUGUUAUAUAUAUAUAUAUUUAUAUAUAAUAUAAAAAAAUUAAAUAUGUAAAUACGUUAAAAAAUAAAAUUAAAAAAUAAUUUAAAACAAUUAAUUAAAAAAUAUAUAGAUGUGUGUUAUUUCGUUCUAACUGUAUUGUGAUAUUAAUAUAUAUAUUUAUAUCAAAAUACACAUAGAACGAAAUAAUAUAUAUAUAUCUAUAUACAUAAAUAUAUACGUAUAUAUCACUAUAUACAUACCUAUAUAUAAAUAAAAAUAUUUUAAAAAAAUUAUAUAUAUACAUAUAUAUUCACAUACGUAUAUAUAUACAUAUAUUAAUUCUACAUAUAUAUUUAUGUAAUAUUUUUACAUAAUUGGGUAUCUUAAUUAAUUACAAUUAGCGGGACCUGCCUGACAACCCAUGCCGAAAGUAAAGGGAAUUUAAUUUGCUAGCACUAUAUUUAACCCUAUAACUUUCCAAGACACCAUAGAACCUGUACAUGGGGGGUACUGUUCUACUCGGGAGACUUCGCUGAACACAAAUAUUAAUGUUUUCAAAACAGUAAAAUGUAUUACAACGAUGAUAUCGCCAGUAAAAGUGACAUUUUUUGAAUUUUUCACGCACAAACAGCACUUACACGGACGAUAUUAUUGCUGCGGUACUUUUUACUGUUUUGAAACACAAAUAUUUGUGUUCAGCUAAGUAUCCCGAGUACAACAGUACCCCUCAUGUACAGGUUUUAUGGUGUUUUCAAAAGUUACAGCGUCAAAUAUAAGGCUUGUGUUUCAUUUUUUUCACAUUAAAAUUUGCCAGAUUGGGUACGUUGCCUUUGAGACCCUAUGGUAGCCCAAUAAUGAAAAUUACCCCUAUGAUGGCAUACCAUUUGCAAUAGUAGACAACCCAAGGUAUUGCAAACGGGGUAUGUCCAGUCUUUUUUAGUAGCCACUUAGUCACAAACACUGGCCAAAAGUGGCGUUUUUUGCAUUUUUCACACACAAAUACUAACGCUAACUUUGGCCAGUGUUUGUGACCAAAUGGCUACUAGAAAAGACUGGACAUACCCCAUUUACAAUACCUUGGGUUGUCUACUAUUGCAAAUGGUAUGCCAUUAUGGGUGUAAAUUUCAUUCCUGGGCUACUAUAAAGUCCCAAAGGCAACGUAACCAAUCUGGCGAAUUUCAAUUUCAAAUGUAACGUGCUAUAUUUGACCCUGUAACUUCCCAAAACGCCAUAAAACCUGUACAUAGCGGGUACUGUUUUACACGUGAGACUUUGCUGAAUACAAAUAUGUGUAUUUUAUUGCAAUAAAAGCAAACAGCAAACAGUAUUAUGAAAUUGACAUUUAAAAUGUCAUGUAGAACUAAAAAAAUUUAAAAAAAUCUUAUUUUCUCCCAUUUUUUUCAUAUUAAAUUAUGUUUCAUAGCUAAAUAUUUGAUAUUAAAUGAAAGCCCUUUUUCCCCUGAAUAAAAUAAUAUAUAAUAAGGGUGGGUGCAUUUAAUAUGAAAGAGGUGAAUUACGGUUGGACAGACAUGUAGCGCAAAUGCCAGGUUUUGUUUACAUUUUGUUUCGUUCACAAUGUGUACAUUUGGCUCCGUCCUUAAGGGGUUAACUGAUCAUCAGCAAGUGUGACCAUCUCUAUAAAAGCCAAUGUUUGGCAUAUAUACAUAGCAACUAUUUAUAUGCAGGACAAACUGUCAGGAAGGGUGCAAACAGAAAAAAUGUAGUGCAGAUGAAGGAAAAUAUUGGUGCAACAGAAAACACAUAAUAAUAAUAAUAAUAUGGAGUGAAAACAUGUCACUGAUCUCUGGUAUGGUAAAUAUUUAAGCCGUUACGCUCUACCUUAGGCACAUCUCCAAUGGGUGAGUGAACAUGGGGGCCCUCCUUUAGUGUAAAACAUUUUUGUAAUUCAAAGGAAUACAAGUGUGAGAUGAGGAAAUAUGGGCAGAUGGACUAUGUAAAGGGAUAGAGGGGAAUAUAGGGAGAGGAAAACCAGAAAGACACAAGUAAAGGGUGAAGGGAUAUGGACAGAAUUAUUAUACAAGGAGAAGCAUACCAGAGUACAAAGGGACACAAGUAAGGGAAGAGUGAUUAUGGACAUAAGGAUACAAGCAGAGGAAAGAGGGGUAUUAGAUAUUUUGGACCUGAUAUAGCCAUUUUAUAUGCUUUUGUAUGUAAUGCCAGAAGAACAGUUGCCUAUCCUCAUCCAUGUAAUUUUGGGGGCCAGGAACAGAUUAAACAAAUUUACAAUAAUUCCUAUGGGAAAUGUGGAUUCGGUUCUCAAACAAAUCAGAACUUGAACAGCCUUCUGGAACGGAAUAAGUUUGUAUUCCAGGUUCCACUGUACACAUCAUUUGUAUUUAUCUAGAGAUUUUUCAACUCUUCAUUUUCUUUUUGCUGUCAUCCUCUGCUGGUUAGAAAUAAUAUUGCAUAAUUUGGGUUUUCUUAUGUUCACACACAAAGUUUCAUUUAUGUUAUUUUGUAAACCCCCAUGUAUGCAUUCGAUGAAAAUAAAAAGCAUUGUGCUUAGCUACCUGCAAGUUCAAAAUACUCCAUAAAUGCAUACCAUUUGCAAAACCGUGCCUUAGGACAGGGAUUCUGAACCCAGUCCACAAGUACCUUCUACCAGUCUAGGAUUUAGGGACUACCCUGUUGAAUCUAUAGUGUUUUUUUUUUUUUUCUUUUUUUCUUAAAACACUUUAGAUCAAGCAUGUCAAACUCAAAGGCUAGCACAGGCCAAAUAAACAAGGUUUAAUUUGUGGGCCGCAAAAAACCCCCAAAACCUUACAUUUUCAUUGAAACGUAGGUUUGUUUUGAAAAGUACAGUAUAAAAAAAACACAAACAAAAAACAGCACCCUCCUUCCACCCCCUACAUUAAGUCCCAGCCUUCUACUAAAUCCCAGCACCCCCCUCUACUAAGCCCUGUCCUUUGUUUAAAAAAAACAGUCAACAAGCAGACUCCACCCACAUUGCCGCUGUUAGUAUGCAACUCCGGAGUCCAGCCUCUGGUAUGCCCACAAUGGUGCUGUCCGCACCCUGCCCUAAAGCGGAUAUUCCUGCUACUCCUUGAAACCUUGUGAAGGUGGAGCACGUUGAUGUCACUUCAGAAUGUGACGUGGCGUUGCGUGCCUCCGUGCACCUCCAGAUCCUCCAGUGUCCAGCCGCGGCCAUUGCAACACUGACUAUCACACUCUCUGACAGACACUCUCACAUCAUUUUAUUUAUUGUUGCCUACCUCUCCCGGGGGUCCAGUGGGGAUCUUCUCUCAGGAGCUCAGUCUCACUGCUCCCUCACUGUAGUGAUGCCGGAAUAUGACGUAAUUCUGGCACCCGGCAUCACUACAAAGGACGCGUGUGAUGGAGCAGAGGUAGGUAUCUGCAAUGUAAGGAGAGCAGGUGCCUACUAUGCCUUAACAUGUCAAACUCGCGGCUCGCUGGGCCUCAAAAAUAUUAACUGGGUAAUUCUUAAAUCCUGGACUGUUAGGGAGUACUUGAGGACUGGGUUGGAAACCACUGGUCUAGGAUAUUGCGAAUUAUAUAUUUAAACUUUUAUCAUAUGGCAGUUAUUUUCACCCAUUUUACUGACUAUACAGUAGACCACACUAUGCUGACUCCAAUCCAAUUGUAUUGAUAGAUAUUGCUUGGACUGGCCAGUUUGAGACAAUUUUUUUUUUUAAGUGGCAAGCUCAGUAGUGAUAUUUAAAAGGAUUGAUCAGUACUGGUAUAGCCUGUUAAAUUUGCAAUAUAUAGUCCAAUUUAUAUAAAAAAAAAAAGUCAAAAUAUAACUUUUGGAAUUAAAUUAUUUAUACCUGUAACCUAUAAAGCCCCCAAACUCCAUCUUUUUCCCCCCAAACAGUGGGAAGUGUUAACAUCUAAAACUAACUCAAAGCUGUUGAACGCUUGUAAUAAGACAGCCAUUCUAUAUUACCUCUGUUUUUUCAUUGCAGUCUACAUUUAUGUGUCUUGUUUUUGUUUUCUGUUAAAGAAACUAAGGUACAUAUUAUUGCACUUCAAGAGGGAUCAAUUUUAAGCUAUAAUGCAUCUCAGAAUUUCUGCUACAGGAAAACCACUGAGCCAAAGUGGAAUGACAUAUGGACAAAGGUGCAGGUAAGAAUGGGGGGGGGGAAAUCCCUUUUUAAUUAAAUAUUAAUAAUAUCUAGAUAGGAAAACACUAACCCAUUGCUUUUUCAAGCAGGAUUGUAGACCUGUAGAAUUUGUAAACUGUUUAUAUGUUCAUGUAAAGUUGAACGCAAGAAACCACUAUCUCUUACCAGGGAUAGUGAGUGAUACUCUAAAGUGCCUAAACAGUGAAAGCAGCUCAACACAAAAAGUGGAAUACCCUUUAUCCACAGUACAAUACAGAAAUAAAGCAGAAUGGUAUAGGCUAUAUACCAACAAGUGGAGCGCUAUUACAAUAUGAAUAAUAAAGGGGUACACUAACCCCUUCGAUACAGUGACAAUCUGGAAGUGUACGCUUGAAUAUGCAUACAAAAGGAAACAUAUGUAGUGCAGAUGGUUUUCAAAUGAAGAUGAGUGAUAACAGAAAGUGACUUGAACCUCUCACAUGGCCUGGAGCCUAUGUGGUAUUGGCUCCGUAAGUAAAUCCUUUAUGCUUUUUGGGCAGCAACAUACCCCUUGUCCCGAACGAUAUUCCUCCAGGGAUAUAGAACGAGAAAGAGACAAACCAGCUGUGUAGUAUUGUAUGAAAACGUAAAUAUAGUAUUGUUGGUAAUGGUUGUGCUCACCUUUAACAGAGCCCUGGAUUCCCGGCUCUGAGGUUGAUUGACCGUGUGCUACUUUUGUUGGGAUAGCACUCCCCAAAUGUGUUUCCUGAUGGCUAGGAAGGACUUUUUGGUCUAAUAAGUAUAAGGUAUUAAAAGUAAUUUAUUGGUAAUAAAUUAAAACAGAAAUAGUACUUCAUCUAUAAAAUAAAAAAGUCCAAAAUUCAGCUAAUCGCGUUUCAGCUGACCGCUACUGAGGAAGCUCAUAGAGUGAAAUGCGUUUAGCUGAAUUUUGGACUUAACAUGUGGACAUUUUUAUUUUUAUUUUCCAAAAAGUCCUUCCUAGCCAUCAGGAACCACAUUUGGGGAGUGCUAUCCCAACAAAAGUAGCACAUUGUCAAUCAACCUCAGAGCUGGGAAUCCAGGGCUCUGUUAAAGGUGAGCACAACCAUAUAUCUGUUUAUAUGUUCAUACUUAAUAAUUUUUCAUCAUAGAAUAAAGAAAUGUUUCUUUAACCUGUGUAUGUUUUUGCUAUCUCUUAAAAUUUAACUAUUGCCUUAUGUAUUAUAUUUUUAACUUAUGGAUCAAGUUACCUAAGUAGUGCUUUGGUAUUUAGUUAUUGUAGUUACUAAUUGAGCCACUAAGUAACAAUGACAGUGUUAAUGUUUUGGUGCUAAACAAAAAUAAUCAGCUGCCCGAGCCAGAGGGUUUUUUUACGAUCUGGGAAAUUUAUGGAUCCUACACAAUUUUAUAACAACUAAAUAAAGAUUAUGUUGUCAUGCUAGGGACCCAUACCCUUUUUCUUUUGCCCUAAGAGUUAUGUUCAGGGGUACACCCCAUGUGGUGUUGGGCAUUUGCUGUGAACUUGUUGGCUCAUAUUUCUUAUGUUUUGUACUGUUUUAGUCCACAGAGACUCUAUGUAUUACAGUUCUCAGUGUCAAUCAGAAUGCCAAGUGCAGUUCUGCAUAUGAUUGUUUUUACACUGUAAAUUAUAUAUAGAACUGCAUUUCUAAGAUUUUAUACAAAAGUGCAAUAACAAUAUGAUAGAAUUAAUCACAUUAGAGAACAAUUUUAGGAUCGAAAUUGCCCACAGCCUUCCAGGAUGUACUUUUGUAAUGGUUUCUGAUACAUUUACUACAUUGCUUUUCAUGACAUUCUAUUGAUCUGAUUUGUUGCUGUCUUUUAUAUUCUGUUUUUGCAGAUCCGGAUCAACAGUACCAAAAUGAUAAGAGUGACCCAAGUAGAUAGUGAAGAGAAAUUACAGGAAAUGGAAGGCUUCAAUAUUUUUGACCUGUUCUCCUUUAUGAAGGAAAAAUUGAAUGACACCUACAUAAACGUGGACCUCCAUAGCAACAAAACCUGCAUUAAAGUAAAUGUUAAUGAGGCAGAUACAGUAUACAGUGUAGCACUUUCUCGAGGUGAGAACUACCUGAAAUUUUGCCUGCUUGUCUUUUCUGAAUGUUCUACUAGUGCAUUACUUUAACAAUUAAAUGGAGUGUAUAAUGCCGAAAAUAGCAAGUUAUAUUGGUACUAUAGGUUCCCUUAUAGCUUUGUCAGUACUGUCAAACCCUUUUUCUCUGUAAAAUCUAAAUUAAAGAAUGAUUACUGACCUCUUUUCCAGCACUGGUAUUCAUCCCUUGGAGCCUCCAGCUCCUCCUUCGGUGAUGUUGGCAUUCAAGCUGACAUCACCCACAUUCUUCUCCAAUCCAUUGCAGUAUUUGAUUCCAGGAAAGCGUUUUCUCUGUUAUGGAGGAGAAAGCGCAUCUAGUGGCUGUCUGGAUGACAGCCGCUAGUGGUGUGUUUUAAUCAUGCAAUGUAAACAUUGCAGGGAUAAAUUUACAGGAGCCACUGCACCCAUACCACUACAUUGUGAUAAAGUGGUCUGGGUAACUUUAGAGGUCUUUUAGGAUUUAGUCUUCUGUGUCUCUUCACUUUUGAUAUCUUGUUUGGCCCAUUCAUUUCAUCUACAUAUCUCCAUUCCUGUUGGUGCCAAGGGAGAAGAGAUCAAAAUCUAUUCAAUGCUUUAACCCCUUAAGGACGGCGGGCGUUCUAUGCCUUCCUUAGGGAACCGGCUCUAAACGCCAGAGGGCAGCAUAGAAUGUCCCCGCCGCCCUUACUACUUACCCAGUCGCCGGCGAUCGCAGUAUGGGACUUACCUGGGAGCCCAGGGAGUCCCCCUCUGUCCUCUUCGGCCCCCUGGGCCAUGUUAUCGUGAGGUCCUUGCGAGGACCUCACGAUCACAUGGACAGCAUAGCCGUCCAAGGCAUUGCCAGCAGGCGCAGUGCCUGUAGUUUUCAAUGUAGUUUAAUAUUAAUAUAUAUAUAUAUAUAUAUAUAUAUAUAUAUAUAUAUAUAUAUAUAUAUAUAUAUAUAUAUAUAUAUAUAUAUAUAUUAAAUACGUUAAAUAAACAAAUGUGUAAAUUCGUUCUAACUGUAUUUUAAAAUUAAUAUAUGUAUUGAUAUCAAAAUACAUGUUGAACGAAAUAAUAUAUAUUUAUAUACAUAAGUAUAUAUCACUAUACGUUUGGACUUUAUUUUUAUUUUAUAUAAAUAAAAAUAAUUAAAAAAAUAUAUAUAUAAUUAUACACACGUAUGUAUUUAUGUAAUAGUUUUACAUAAUUAGGUCAUUUUAUUAAUUACAAUUUGCGGGACCUGCCUGACAACCCAAGCCAAAAGUCCAGGGAAUUUAAUUUCCUUGCACUAUAUUUAACCCUGUAACUUUCCAAGACACCAUAAAACCUGUACAUGGGGGGGUACUAUUUUACUCGGAAGACUUCGCUGAAAACAAAUAUUAGUGUUUUAAAACUGUAAAAUGUAUUGCAACGAUAUCAUCCAUGAAAGUGACAUUUUUUGCAUUUUUUACACACAAAUGUCACUUACACGGACGAUAUUGUUGUGAUACGUUUUACUGUUUUGAAACCCUAAUAUUUGUGUUCAGCGAAGUCUCCUGAGCAUAACAGUACCCCUCGUGUACAGGUUUUAUGAUGUUUUCAAAAGUUAGAGAGUCAAAUAUAAGGCUUGCGUUUCAGUUUUUUCACAUUGAAAUUCGCCAGGUUGGUUAUGUUCAAAUUAGUUUUUUGCAUUUUUCACACACAAACAAAUAUUAACACUAACUUUGGCCAGGACAUUAGCCCCAUUUGCAAAACCUAGGGUUGUGUACUAUUGCAAAUGGUAUGCCAUCAUGGGGGUAAUUCUUAUUCUUGGGCUACCAUACUGUCUAAAAGGCAAUGUAACCAAUCUGGCGAAUUUCAAUGUGAAAAAACUGAAAUGUAACAUGCUAUAUUUGACCCUGUAACUUUCCUAAACACCAUAAAACCUGUACAUAGGGGGUACUAAUGUAAAAAAAAUGCAAACUCUUUCACUAAAUCACUCUGUGAUAUUGAGAUUUCACCAAUAUAAUAUAAAACACAAAGUGCCUUCAGUGAAUAAACAAUAUAAAUAACUUCCCUCUAAGUUGUAGAUUUAAACCCGAAGAUCUCCUCAAAUCUUCCACAAACACAUAAAUACAAAUUAGGGUCAAUCCAACUAUAGGGAAACAAAAAAUAACAUAGUGCAACUCCGUAUGAUAUUGCCAAAUGGAUCACUCACACUUUGACUGAAUGAAUAAGGCGUAUCAAAAAUCCAUGUAGAUCUCAGGUAGUGUUCUUACUCCAAUACAUGAACUUCCAGGUCUCAAUAAUAUAAAAAGAUAGAAUGCAUCCAAAAUGAAAAGUAGAAAGAUGUGUCCAAAGUAAAAAAAUAUAUUUAUUACUUACACAUAAGUUAGAAUCAAUCAGCAUAAAAUUUCAUUAAAAAAAAAAAAUCCCAAAACUGUCCACCAUCUGUCCAUUGCGUUGUUUGUUGAGCAUAUUGUAACUGGGCUUUAUUGUGUCAUUGGCCCAUUAAAGGCUUCUUUCUGGCAACUUGACCAUUCAGCUCAUUUUUUUUUUUUUUUUUCUUCAAGUAUCAUCUUAUUGUGCUUGAAACAACCACACCAUAUUUUUCCAGAACAGCGUGUAUUUAUACUGAGGUUACCUGUGGGUUUUUCUUUGUAUCCCGUACAUUUCUUCUUGCAGUUGUGACUGAAAUCUUUCUUGGUCUACCUGAUCUUGCUUUUUAUCAAGAGAUCCCCAAAUUUUCCACUUCUUAAGUGAUUGAUCAGUACUGAGUGGCAUUUUCAAGGCUUUGGAUAUCGUUUGAUCUCCUUUUCCAUCUUUAUAAAGUUCCAAUACCUUGUUACGCAGGUCUUUUGACCGUUCCCUUCUGCUCUCCAUGGCUCAGUAUCUAGCCUGCUCAGUGCACCCACGUGAGAGCUAACAAAUUCAUUGACUAUUUAUACAGAUACUAAUUACAAUUUAAAAAGCCACAGGUGUGAGAAAUUAACCUUUAAUUGCCAUUUUAACCUGUGUCACCUUGUGUGUCUGUAACAAAGCCAAACAUUCAAGGAUAUGUAAACUUCUGAUCAGGGCCAUUUGGGUGAUUUCUUUUACCCUUUAUGAUUUAAAAAGGAGCCAAACAACUAUGUGAUAAUAAAUGGCUUCAUAUGAUCAUUAUCCUUCAAUAAGACCAUUUUUUUGUAAAAAUAUUUUUUGCAUGAUCAGUCAUAAUUUCAAAAUUAAUGCCAAAAUUUAACAAUUUUUGCCAGGGUAUGCAAAUGUUUGAGCACAACUGUACAUUCAUCCAUAGGAACACCCCUAGUGGUAGUCACUGAGACGGUGCUUACUGCUCAGCACUCAUGUUCAGCGUCUCAUUUUUCUGAAUUGAUGUGCUUAACAUUCAAUGUAGAUGCUGAAGGGUACACUGGAGCGUUUUGCUGCUCAUGCCCAAUAGCCUCCCACUGCUUUCCUAUGGGAAAGCAUUGGAUUGGCUGAGAUUUAAAUUUUGAUCUUGGCCAAGGGGAUGGAAUAUGAAUUCAUAUUGUUUGAGUAAAGCCCACAUCAGUUUUGUCUGUUACAUCUACUUGCUUGUCAGUCCACCAGUUUUGUGGAAUACGUUAUAUAUGCAUUUUUUUUUUACUAUUUUACAUAGUGGAAGCACAUUUAAGAGCUAUUCUUAAUCUGUAAUAUGGAAAACUGAGCUAAUUAAUGCACAGUCUUUACAUUAACUUUAAUGUAAAUAAUCUUUUUGCUAGGUAACUAUUUGAGACUUAUUUUAUAUUAUUUUCUUACAUAGGUUUUGAUCCAAAGCUUUUCUUGGUUUUCGUUAUUGGUCUUCUUUUGUUUUUCUAUGGUGACUCACUCAGCAGGUGAGUUAUUUACAAUAAAUAGUGUAUCUACACAUUUAUAGUAAUUUUUGUAUCUCUAACUCAUAGUUGAAUCUGAUGCAUGGUUAUACUUGCAUGUUAAUUAGAAAUAUUUUCCUACUGUUUGUACCUUCCCACCUCCACCUCCCAUGUUCAUUUUAUUAGUUCUAUUUAGGCCACAGAUGGCAUCACUUGUCUACUAGGCAGCCCUAGAGGAUGAGUUAACCCUGCAAGGUAAUUAUUGCAGUUUAUAAAAAAUAAAAAAACAUGAAUAUGUUAAGCCAUGUAGUGGAAAUCAGGUUUGCAGGGUUUUACUGCUGUUGGUUAUCAGUUUGAUGGUUCAACUGCUCCCCGUGUGUUCAGCCUCUUACGGGGGCAUUGCGCUGGGCCUUACUGACUCACCUUGAUCUAGAUUUCCUGGUGGUUUACUCUCUGCAGGGGCUGGCCAUUGCAAGUCAUGACUGACUCCACCUGGGCUGCUGUAGCUGGGGGCUCUAGUAUCACUGAAAUCUUUUAUAGGAACUAUGGUGUUAGGUUAGUACAGCAAAGUACAGACAUGGGAAUAAAGUAUCCUGGACCUUAGUGUCUGAGCUUGGCAUAGGUGAAAUAUGAAACAAUGUAAUGAGCAACUGUGUGUUGGAAGAUGAAAUAAAGAAUAUAUAAUAGUUAUAUCCAACAUUAAGCUAGUGUUAUAGUGACUAAGACACAUUUCAGGUGGUUUAAUUACACUUCUCAGAGCACCUGUCUCAGCGCAACAAUUGUGGUUUUUUUUUAUGUUUGUCACUUUAGGUAAUUGCUGCUUAAGUCUAUCACAACUUUGUUUAUUUCUUAAAGCGCUAUGCACAUUUGGGUUGUUUCUGUUUGUUAUAUAGUUUGAGGGUUAAAGGGAAACUCCAGUGCCAGGAAAACAAUCCAUUUUCCUGGCACUGCAGGUCCCCUCUCCCUCCCACCCUCCAAUCCCCGGUUGCUGAAGGGGUGAAAACCCCUUCAGUAACUUACCAGAUGCAGCGACGAUGUACCUUCUGGCGCCACCGCCGCUCCUCCCAGUGAUUGCGUCUGCCGCUGGGCGAGACUGAUCCCACCCACCGGCCAGGGAGACCUAAUGCGCGGCAAUGUCGCGCAUGCGCAUUAGAGCUCCCCAUAGGAAAGCAUUGAAAAUGCUUUUCAAUGCUUUCCUAUGGGGAAAUGAGCGAUGCUGGAGGUCCUCACACAGCGUGAGGACGUCCAGCGACGCUCUAGCACAGGUUUUCUGUGCUAGGAAGUAGGAAGUGCCCUCUAGUGGCUGUCUAGUAUAUCUAGUAGACAGCCACUAGAGGAUGAGUUAACCCUGCAAGGUAAUUAUUGCAGUUUAUAAAAAAACUGCAAUAAUUACACUUGCAGGGUUAAGAGUAGUGGGAGACGACACCCAGACCACUCCAAUGAGCAGAAGUGGUCUGGGUGCCUGGAGUGUCCCUUUAAGCUGUGUUUUCAUAUUCCUUUUUCUUUAAAGCGGCUCUGUCACUAUAAAGAUCCCUUGGCUCUUAGCCAAGGUAUCUCUUGGUUAGGCCCCUUGAUUCUUUUAUUUUUUUAUCUAUUGUAAUUGUUUGUACGUGUUACAAAAUACCAAUUAUGGUGAAACCGUGACACAAAAUAUAUAUAUGUUGUGCAAAUUAUACUUCGGUGCAAUAACUCCACAAUUGUAGUGAAAUCAAAUAAACACAAAUAUCACGCAGUGCAGCAACCAUACAGAUAUUUGCAUAUAUCCAGAUUAGAAAAUAAAAGAAGCUGCAUUUUGUUCUGCACACCAUUGUUUAUUUUAAUUGUAUAUGUUGGCUUUGUUCCCUUUUGCAGGAGUCAGCUCUUCUACUACAGCACGGGGAUGACUGUGGGCAUGGUUGCAUCAAUGCUAAUUCUUGUGUUCAUGCUCUCCAAGCUGAUGCCCAAGGUAUUUAUAGUCUAUAUAAUUACUCAUCAUUUUUAGUCAUACUUGACACUCUUUUUCUCUUGAGCUUUAGUUAUCAUACUGUGAACUGAAAACUUGCUAUUUUGACAGAAAUUUAGCAAAGUAUGCUUAGUGAAUUUGUAUAGUGUGACUUUAGAGGUCCCAGUAUACAUUGAUAAGCCACAACAUUAAAACCACUUGCCUAAUAUAGUGUAGGUCACACUCGUGCUGUCAAACAGCUAUGAUGCAUCUAGUUAUGGACUCCACAAGACCUUUGAACAUGUCCUCUGGUAUCUAGCACUAAGACUCUAGCAGCACAUCCUGAAAGUUGUAAGGUGGGGCCUCCAUGGAUCGGACUUGUUGUUCACGCACAUCACACAAAUGCUCAAUCAGAUGGAGAUCUAGGGAUUUUGGGCGACACCUUGAACUUUUUCAUGUUCCUCAAAUAGGGUAUAUUAUCCAGCUGAAAGAGGCAACUGCAAUCCGGAACACCAUUACCUCAAAGGUGUGUACGUGUUCUGCUACAAUUUCUAGGUAGGUGGUACGUGUCAGAGUAAAAUCCACAUGAAUGCUAGGAUCCAAGGUUUCCCAAAAGAACACUGCCCAGAACAUAACACUGCUUCUGCCAGUCUGUCUUCUUCUCAUAGUGCAUCCUGCUGCCAUCUCAAAGCAUGAUUCAUCAAACCGGGCAACUUUCUUCCAUUGCUCCAUGGUCCAGUUCUGACACUCACAUUCCCAUUGAAGGAACUUUUGGUGUUUGACAAGGGUUAUCAUAGGCAUUCUACCGGUCUCUGGCUAUGUAGCCACAUAUGCAGCAAAUUGCAAUGCACUUUGUGUUAUGACUCAUUUCUAUUAUGGUCAGUAUGUUUUUCUCAAAUCUAAGCUACAGUAACUCUUCUGUGUGAUUGGACCAGACUUGCUAACCUUCGCUCCCCACAUGCAUCAACGAACCUUUGCUGCCCUUGACCCUGACGCUGGUUCACCAGUUAUUCUUCCUUGCCCCACUUUUGGAUGGUACUAACCACUGCAUAUCACGAACACCCCACAAUACUUGCCAUUUUGGAGAUGAUCUGACCCAGCUGUCUAGCCAUCACAAUUUGGACAUUGUCAAAGUCACUCAGAUCUUUUUUUUUAUUUUUAUUUUUUAAAUUUCAUGAAUUAACUUUUCACACGCUGCCUUAUUAUAUAAUGAUAUAAUCAUUUCUUCAUUUCACCUGUCUGGUUUUAAUGCUGUGGCUGAUCAGUGUACUGCUAAUAUAAAUAGCAUGCAUAAAUAUUGUCAGGCUGCUAACAACCUUAUAUUAAAGAUUUACUCCAAGCAUAAACACAGCAGUGCACUGUCUUGGUUCUAAUGCCAGGAGUACCCUGGCCCUGUUCCUUGCUAAUGGGGCAAAAAUUUAGAAACAGUUUGCCCCACACACCCCCUUUUUUUUUUUUUUUUUUUUUAUGUACUUCUUUCUAAAGUUUCACCCUGUAUAUUUUCAGUAACAAAGUGAACUUACUGCCCUCAUUGCUUCAUGGCCACCUUUCUACCCUUGGCUAAGAUCAUUAUGGGUUAUCUUAGCCUGCUUAUUCCUUCUCAACAUUGAAGCAUUGGGGAGUCUACAACACAUGCAUGGCAACUGCCAUUUCAUCAUAGAGAUGCAUUACACCAUUGCUUUCUAUGAGACAUUUUGUUAGGAUGUAGUACGUCGGUCAUGAAAAUGGUAGAAACAUUUCUAGGGAUGGUCGCUUAGACAACAACUAGAAAUCGUUCUCUUUUUCACAAAAAGACAGUGUUUACAAAGGAGAGGGUGCAGGGAAAGGGUUAUAGCACUAAAUAAACUAUAUGAAGUUGUCGAGGUUCUCUUGUUUGGCUACAAAAACAACCUUGUGUAAGCGCCACACAUUUCCAAGGUUUCUCAGCCUGAAUGCUAUACUCAAGAAAAGAAUGAGAUUUAGACAAAACUAGAUAUAUAGAAGCAGGAUAGAUGCACUUUUAUUUUUGGUGAGAGUCACUUUAAUUACAUUUUCUGCUGUGAGGGGAAUGUUGAGGGAUGACUUGUGAAAAUGUUCAGUUUUUCUCUCUUCUUUCUCUAGAGAAGCCCCUUUUAUGUGUUGCUGUUGGGUGGCUGGUCAUUUUCUCUAUACGUCAUCCAGCUGGUCUUCAAAAACUUCCAAGGAAUCUGCACUGAAUACUGGCAGUACCUUUUGGGUAUGUAAAUGUAUGUCAUGUCACAUUUAUAUUUAGCUAUGUGUCUCAUGUAAAACUCAACCAACUCCAGUGUGUGUUACUUUGUGAGUGACAAUUCUGCCCUUAUUAGUAUUUCACUCAUAUUAAAUGUGCAAUGGAAUCCCCAGGCAUGUAGUGUUGAGGCAUUGCUGAAUAGUAAUGUAUGACUUGAACUUUUAAGCUUUGUAUAUGAGUGUGUUAAUUUUUGUGUGUUUUAACGUGUACCAAAUGCAUGUCUGUCCUAGCAUAGCCCCAAAUUCAAUACAAAUUAAUUAUAAUCUGAGAUUCCCUGCAGUUGACCUUGCGUGCUUGUAGAAAAUCACUAGAAUAAGAUGAUAGCACAUAGGUUUACUGGGUAUUGUUACUGUGUCACUUUCUUCCAAUUGCAGUGGUGGCAGGUGUGUUUCUACUUGCCCCAGCAAAAGGGUAACCAUUCAUCCAUAAUUGUUAAAGUGCGGGGUUUUUUUGGGGGUUCGUUCUUUUUUUUUAUUUUAUUUUUUUUUUAUUUUUAUAUGGUCAUCAGCAGUACUUGUGAAUGAGUUAUUGCUCACUCCAUUCAAGGACAAGUAUUUCCUCCAACUAUUAUGACUUCUUGAACUCCUCCUUACCUAUAAACAUUUACUGAAAUCCCAAUAUUUCCAGUAUUUCGCUGAGAUCUACAGCUUAGGAUAGUACAGGAUAGUACAGCUUAUCAUGUUGUCAUUUUGUGACUUGGAAGGAAGUAGGGAUUCACUGAUGCAACCCCGGGCUCCAUGCAUUUUUUUUUUUAAAUGUAUUUAUUCCUUUUUCUGAAUUUUUAUUAUUUAUUUUUGUAAAAAAAAAUUUGUGAAACACAUGCUGAAGCAUUGUCCCACCGGCAUCGGGUGUUGGUAAUGGACUUUGGCAUUUAGAGUGUGUGUAGUGAAUGCAGUGUGUUUGUGUAGUGUGUGUGUGUGUGUGUGUGUGUGUGUGUAUAUAUAUAUAUAUAUAUAUAUAUAAUGAAUGCAGUGUGUGUUUAUAAGAGCCCUGUGUGUUGAACACCCACACAAAAUGUAAUGCAUUUCACCAUACAAUUGCAGAGUUCUACUUUUUUUAGCCUUUUUAUUUAAAAUGUAUUUUCUGAUGUUCACAACAUAGUCUCCUGUAAAAUCUGUCUGUUAAGGCUAAUAAUAUACACUUGUGUGUGUGUGUGUGUGUGUGUGUGUGUAAGUAACAGCUUGCUCCCCCCACUGCUCAGUAUAUGCCACUGGACCACCAGGGAUUGCCAUAGACCCCCUCCCUGGCCAGAUUAACAACCAGGGAAUAUAUAUAUAUAUAUAUAUAUAUAUAUAUAUAUAUAUAUAUAUAUAUAUAUAUAUAUAUAUAUAUAUAUAUAUAAUAUCUCCCUCCCCCCCAUUUUACACAAAUUACAUAUCUUCAGAAACACACACACUGCAUUACAUACACACUACACAAACACACACUGCAUUCACUAUAUAUACACAUUACACACACCCACCCUGCAUUCAUUAUAUACACACUACACAAAUACACACUGCAUCCACUACACAAACACAGUGUCUAAACACACUGCAUGCACUACAAAAAUAGUUUAUUUUUUCCAAAUGGUAAAUGUACAGAAUAUCGGCAUGUUAUCGGCUAUUGGCCUGAAAGCUGACAGAUUAUCGGUAUCGGCUCUAAAAAAAAAAAAUCAAUAUCGGUCAAUCCCUACCCCCCAUGACUGGGAUCACAGGGGGGCAUUUGGAAGACAUUUCUAAAGGGAAUAUUCCUGUGACAUAACAAGGUAAUAAAGCUACACAGGUCAUUUGAGUAAGCAGGCGUAUCUCUACUUAGAAUUUUUCAGGCUUCUGCUCUGGAACGGUCGUAUCCAAAGAAGCUGAUAAAGACCCUGCUAAACUGAUUUGCAUCUUCAAGUCAUUACAUUUCUUAUACGAGUCCACUUUUGCCAUAAGGUUAAGAUCAUUGUCUACAGAUGCACAUUUGAAAUAUUCUCUAUGCAACAUUCCAUUUUGAGCAUGUGGAGAUCGAUACCAGUAGGAAGGAGAUUUAAUUUUUUUUUUCUUCUAUGAACUCUGGAUGCUUGGAUCCUCAAGAAACAGAACAGAUGCAAUGUAUUCAAACAUCUCCCUCUAAGUAAAAUGCUUUUCCCAAAUGUAUCCUCAAAUCUGUUUUGGGGGGAAAAAAAAUCUAGAUCUACAUGUUCACUUGCUUCUUCAGUUGUAGAACAUGUAUCGAAUUUAAAUACAUAUUUUCCUUAUUCUCUCAUAUCUUCCUAACGACAAAACCAGCCUACGUAUAUGAAGAUUUGUAAAACAUUUAAGAUUGGAGACUAUUAUUUCUGCAACUCUUAUAUUAUUCUGUAUAUAUGGGUCUUUAAAUUUAAAAGAUGAGGAUCUACACUUUUGUGUCGAUUUUCUCUAACACAGGGGUACUUAUCCCUUUUAGUCUCACACCUCCCCUGAACGUAAACUUAAACUUCACACCUUCACUCCUUUCCAAAAGCAAUUAAUUAUUGACAAGGGAAAUUUAUUCCCAUUAUAAGUUUUUCCGCAUAAAAAAAGCACUGCUUUCCAUCAUGCUCAAGGUAGCAUGUGAACCCAUAUUUAACAUAUUCAUCAAUUCCCUUUUUUAUUUCUCUCUUAGGGCACAGGAUUGUAACUUCUACUCUUCUAGCAGCAAAGUUAAUAACGAAACAACUUCUAGCAUUGAAGAGGAAAGACAAACUGUUAAAUAAGCAAUAAUUAAAAUUUAAAUGCUCUUGGAAAAUUCCAUUGUUGCAUUUAGUGCAAUCUAACAAUAACGGUUGCGGAUUUGUUGUAAGCAAGUGUUAUGUGAGUCAUUUCCAGCACGGGGUUAGGUACAAGAUUAAGCUAAACGGUCCGUUCGUCUUCAUUUUACAAAACAGAACAGAAGUUUUCAUUUUACAAAAAACUCUUGGAUUAUACAAUUUUUGGUUAUCUGGAUGCUUCUGAUAUGUUUGAAUUUUUUUAUUUCACAUAUUGCGACUCGACUGUAUCUAAACUAAUUACAAAAAAAAGAAGCAAUUACAAAGAUUUUUGAGGCUUGUCAUACCUCCCCAGGGGCACACCUCACAGGUUAAGAACCCCUGCUCUAGAAAGGACCAUAGGUUUUCAACUAGAUACAAUGGAGAAAAUAAUCUUUUCCAAUGUACUGUUCUUUCUCUGUUUCGCUUGAGAUCCAAGGAUUUUUAUCAAACCGCAAGAUCUUCUUGCGACAGCUCUGUUACACCCCAGUCAAUCUGUGAAAAGUAGUGGAGCAUAGCACUCGCUCGUGUGUGGCAAAUUGUCAUGAUCCACCAGCAAAGCUUUUCAUGGAGAAACUCUGAGACCAUUGCUUCUUUAUGAGAAACCCUUACUUGCUCUGUCAUUGCGUGCUCAAAAUGAGUGAGGUUUUUGAAAGGUUUUUAAAAGUGCCAAUGUCUCUCUUAAAAUCGUUACUUUUUAUAAAAUAAUAUAAAGGAGACAUGCACUAAACCCCAAAAAACAUGUAGUCAAGUUAAAGAACUUGAGGUUUGGAAUGUUUCUAUAAUUUGUGGUUGCCCUUUAGAAUCCUAAACCCCUGCUUUUCUUAAAGAAAGAAAAAUCCAAUUAUAUAUGCAUACACAUGUCUUGUUGAAAGCCACUGUAGGCACUAGAGGCAAUAAUAAUGAAGGCAGCCUCUAUAAACACAAGAUUUUAAACCGUAUUUUCAUCCCAUGCUUGUAAAAUAACUUGUCACAUGUUGGAGUUUUGCACAACUGAACAGCCAACUAAAAGGAAUGUACGAUUUGAGAUUUUUAGUUUAUAAAAAUCUUGCUUGUUGUAAUUUUAAUUUCUAUCCUGUGCCCGUCAAGACAUCCCUGCAUAAUCUGUUUGUAAUGCUUUAAAUGUUGGGCAGUUUCAGUAACUAUUUCCUCCCUCAGAUAUUCAGAAAAGGUUUAAAAUUGUCAGAUAUUGUUUGCUAACUCAUUUCUUCUCUUCACAGGUUACUUGGGACUCGUGGGCUUUGUCAGCUUUGCAAUUUGCUAUAAAUAUGGUCCACUGGAAAAUGAGCGCAGUAUUAACUUGCUUAACUGGACUCUGCAGCUAGUUGGACUUCUGCUUAUGUUUGUAGGAAUUCAAGUACGGCAGAUGGCAAUCACUAUGAUUGUUAUCGCGUUUUGUACCAAACAGAUUGAGUACCCAGUACGAUGGAUACACAUCCUCUACAAGUAAGCUUCUGAAGAUUUGAUGUACGUUUAAUACUGUUGGGGCAAGGAUUUAAAUGACACAUAAAAUUCAUUUAAAUAUGUAAUCUACACAGGCAGACCUUAGUCUGACUUUUUAACCCCUUAAGGACACAUGACAUAUGUGACAUGUCAUGAUUCCCUUUUAUUCCAGAAGUUUGGUCCUUAAGCGGUUAAAGGGAAUUGGGUAACAUACAUGUAUUUAUUUAUUUUCGUCCGUGUACACCUUACGAUUUAGUGGAGAGUUUUAUUGUAGGUAUAUAGUUGUAAAAAACGGUUCAUGUAGGAAAAUUGGCAGCUGUCCUGGAAAAAAAUAUUGCACGGCACAAUUUUUUAUUUUUUUUUCUUCAUGACAUUUAGGAGGGGUAGUAUAUGGGGAUUUAUCCUUUGAACCUUGAUACAAAACCUUCACGGUCUGAGGUGUAUGUUUAAAACAAGCACUUAUAGGAAAUUAAACAUUGCAUUGUUACUGCAACCUUUUCUGUUGCCUUAGAAUUAUACUUUUUAAUUUGAUCCCUUGUCAAUCACAUUGUUUGAAUGUUAUGUAAUUUAUUAUAUGGAUUUUAAUAUCACUGUAUUUAAGUUAAUAAACAAAUAAUUCAUCAAUAUGCCACCCACUGGAGUCAGAUCAUUAUGAAAACAUGCUUAACUGUGUUUUCCACUGUACUAGGUGUAGGAUACCAGUGGGCACAUUUGGGAAUAGGAAUUGGAAAAAAAUACAUGCAUAUUUUCCUGGGGUUAUAUUUACUAAACAGAUAUUUAUUUGAUCAUAUUUUUUGACAGUGGAGUGUCCUUUUAGGUGGCAGUCGCGAAUGAAGUCAUUUGCCGUUAUAGGACAUGUCUGCUUUUAUGAUUGUACAUGUCGAGAAAGAAAGGGGCGGUGGUAGUCGAUUUCCCCAUCUGUAUCUCUCUUCUUGCUGCCACCACCCUCUUCUUCAGCGAUUACUUUUUGUUAAAGUUUAACAGUGUCCAGGCUCCUAGAAAUAUUUCAACACCUAAUGGCUAAAAAAAAUGUUUAAAAAAAAAAGCACACAUAAUAAAAUUAUUUUUCAGUUUAUCAGCAUUCUAAUCUGGCUGCAACAAAGAGCUGCUUAUAACUUGAAACUGAUGACCUUUUACAUAUCCUAGACUGUUGUAGAACUGUAAUCUUUCUUACAAACACUGAGCAAUAUAUUAUGUGCUGGUACCUUGAUCAGCGACUAGGUUUCAUAUUUGAUGCAGAGCUCAAAAUAUUCAAUGACCAUUGGCAAAUUUAAAAUGUAGCCUUGGCAGUACAAAUUCACCCCUUUUGAAUGUGCCACAGACCAUGCAGGCUCCAGUGGUGAGUAACUUUUAAGGUCUUGCUCGUAGUAGUUUAGGAGUUGAAAUUUUAAGAUAAAUAAAAUUGCCAUUUUAGUGGUGAAAAUAUAAUCAUUUGGAUCUGUAACAGCCAUAAAUGGAUUAUGUUGGAGUUGAACUAUUCUCUAAAGUGUUUUCUGUGUGUGGUGCUCCUUACGUUUUUAUGCAAAAAGUUUAUUUUAUUUAUCUAAUUUUUUUUUUUUUUUAAAUAAACCUAUAUUGGUCAGUGAAACAUGCUUUACAAAGUUAGCAAAUAUUUUAAGGUUUAUAAGACUAUUGUGACUUCGGUUGGUACAAUAAAACAUCAAUGUAAAAGACUGAUUUAAUAGUAUCACAGAAAAAAAAGCUACAAACAAAGUAGCCUAGUUUCCAAGCUGUGUGUGUCCAGGAUAUCCAAAAAAAACAUUUUUGCAAGUGUAUUUACUAAUUCCUCGAUAAGUAAAACAACCUGGCAUUUUCCUUUAAGAUAAUUUUGCUUUUUUUACAAAGGGGGAAAAAAAGGGUUUCUAAUUUAUAAACCAAAUUCUGUACAACUCAGACCUACAUAUACAGUACAAGCACAAAUGAACAAAGCAUGGACAAAAUAUGAAUGUGCAUUUUGACUAAAUGACUCUUAACCCUUUAAGGACGCACAUGCAGUAAUUUUUAAGCAGGGUCUAUUACUUUGCUGGUAACUAUGAACCCCAGGUAUCAUUUGAUUCCUGGGGCUCCCCUCUCUCACCUGGGGCCAGAAUUAGUGGCCCCACACUGACAGAUGCUCUGUUUGCAGAACUCAAAGUGAACGCUGCAAACAAGCAUUUAAAUGGGAUUUAAAUCCCCACUAUUACAAUUUGGUGUGAUCAGGGUUAAAUUCCUGCUCACACAAGGGAGUUCCAGGUAUCCAUGGAAACCUGGGGCUCCCCUCUAUCAGCUCGGGACAUUUUUAGGGACCCUAGCCUUUUGAUGAGCUACAUGCAGUACUGGAAAUCAGCGCAGCAUGUAUCUGCUUAAAUAGGCAUUUAAAUACCUAUAUCUAGAUUGUGGCGUAAGCAGGGUUAAAUCCCUGGUCACACCAGGAAACCCAGGUAUCAUUAGAAACCUGGGGCUCCCCUCUGUCAGCUAAUGUCUCCAGACUGACAACUGAGCUGCAUGCAGAGCUCAAAGUGAGAUCGGCAUGCAGCUGUUUAAAUGGGGAUUUAAAUCCCCAUAGACAGCAGUGUAGUGUGAGCAGGUUAAAUCCCUGCUCACACUAUGAAACCUAGGUAUCAUUAGAAACCUGGGGGUCCCCUCUGUCAGCUGGGGUCAUUUGUAGUGGCCCCAGGCUUUUUGAUGAGCUGCAUGCAGAGCUCAAAGUCAGCACUGCAUGUAGCCCUUUAAAUUCACAAAGAACACUGCAGCAGAGCGAUCAAGCUCAGCUACAGUCAUUCUCUCAAGGGAUCUGGUGCUAGGGAGACCCCCAGGGUCUGAACAGACCCUGUAUGGUCAACCUAUAUGCCCCAAUGCUAUUCUGAUCAGUGCUGGGCAUUUUCAGUUUCCCAGCACAGAUUGCAUUGCAUUGCAUUGGGCGUAAUGUCUUCAAUGUAAGAGAUGGGAGACUGCAAUACUGAAAAUAGACAGUAGAUGGUAGCAACGUACCACUGUCUGUUUUUGUAUAAAAUCCCUUUACUAAUAUCAGUACUGAUAUUAGAGGGAAACCUUUGGGAUUAAGAUUACAAUUAAAGGUUAUUAUUCGGUUAGGAAAAAGUAUUAAUUUUAUUAUUAAGUUUAAGAUGAGGUUUAUAAUUAAUUGAAGUAUUGGGAUUAUGUUUCAGAUUGGUAUUCAGAUUAGGAUUAGGGUCAGCACGGGCAUCCCUUGCUGACUAUAGCACGGGAAUUCCUCUGCUGACACCAGCAGAGGGAAUCAUUUUAACACCAUUGCUAAAGGUAGGAUUGAGAUUAGGACUAAGGUUAUAAUUAGGGUUACACAUGGGAUAACGUUAUGGGUUAGGAUUGUGGUAAGGGUUUAUGAUUGGAUUGAGGGUUAGAUUUGGGAUUAGGGAUUUAGAUUGGGAUUAAGAUCACUACUUUCCAAAGAUAUACAUAUGGGGUAUAUUUGUACUCUGAAGAUCUUGCGGAGUACAGCUAAGAUACUGUAACAAAUGGUAACAAAAUGUCACUUCAAUAAAUCUUAUAAUAUUUUGUGAGAGAGUCCCCAUGCUGUCCACUUUUGUAAAUGGUAUGCGUUGGUGGUGUAAUUUAAAUAUAUGAGCGACUACAAUGCCCCAAAAUGAAACAAAGACCCAUUGUCAAUUUGCCAUUUAAAAAUAAAAAACUUGACUGGGCCGGGAUUGAUUUUAGCCCUGUAUUUUUACAAAAACCUGGCUAAGGUAUGCAAAGGGGGUCCUUUUGUACUCAGGAAAUAUAGCUGAGAAUAAUAUAGUGAUUUAAUUUACAGUAUCAUAUAUAAAGUUUCCAAAAUUAACCACUAAAAUACGUGUGUAUAAAAAUGCAAAGAUAAAACAAUAUGAUGACAUUUGAAAGAAAUUGGUGCUAACAUAACUGCAUAAUAAAGCUCAAAAUAUACCAUAUGACAUAGCCUGUGGUGUCUACUUUCACAAAUGGUAUGCAUUUAUGGGGUAAUUUUAACUGUCAGACUGCUACAAUGCCCUAAAAUGUGAUAUAGACACAUCAAAUCAAUUUAUCAAAAUUCUAAUUGUAAAAACUGUAAUGGUCAGGACUCUUAUAAGGCACUGUAGCUUCACAGGAUAGUGGCAAAGACCUACAUCGGGGGUAUCGUUUUAUUCAGAAGAGUUUGCUGAGCAUAAUUAUGGGGGUUUGAUCACAGUGGCACAUACCAGACUUGAAAAAUUAUUAAUUAUGUGUGUGUAAAAAAAAAAUAAAAUAUUUUACCACAAAGUUUGACAUAAACUGGUUAAAAUGCCAUCACGUUAAGGCACAAUAUACACCAUAUGAGAUACACUGUAGUGCCUACUUUCACAAAUGGUAGGUCCUUGAGGGAUAAAUUCAACAGUCAAACUGCUACAAUGCCCCAAAAGAGACUUGCCCCCAUCAAAUUCAUCUAUCAAAAUUAUCACUGUGAAAACUGAAAUGGUCAGGUCUCUUUCAUGGCACUGUAAAUUCACAGGAUAGGGGCAAAGGCAUAGAUUGGGGGUAUCGUUUUACUCAGUAGAUAUGGCUAAACACAGUGUGGGAUUUUCUACAGCAGUUGUAUACAUCAGCUUUAUGAAAUACACAUUAAAACAAUCCUUGUUUUAUGUGUGUAUGUAAGAAAUCUGAAAAAAAACUAAUUUUACUACACUAUUUAGCAGAAAUUGUCAGCGAAAUGGCUACGUAAAAAGUGUCAGAAUACCCUUAUGUAAAUAGCCUGUGAUGUGUGCUUUAUAUAAAUAUAUACUUUUGUGCAGCAAUUUUGCUUUCUGUGAUGGCUGUUAAGCUUACAAGACAAACAUACCAAAUUCUAAAAUAGCUCCACAUUGAAAUUUUAUUUUACUCUUUGUAUUUUGUGACCUGAAACUUUUUUUAAAUAAACUGAAAUCCUAGACAUAUUAUGUACUCUGAAUAUCAGAACUAAUUGAAUAUUUUUUGAAUUACUUUCCUUAAGCUGCACUUAUUAUACACACCUUAUUAUUGCCUAAACUGUGGGGAAAUUUUUUUUAAAUAUUUUUUUAGAAGAAUUUAUAUAUGUAUAUGUCACAUCAGAUUAAAGCGCAUUUUGUCCUUUAAAAAAAUAAAAAGUGUGUGUGUGUGUGUGUGUGCGCGCGCGCGCGCGUUGGCACAAUAAAUAAGAAAAAUGCAAACUGAGAUUGAACACAAAUCGCAAAAUAUGCAAAAAUUGCUUGUCUUUAAGGGUAAGUCCAGUUUUUGAAGCUGCAUCCUUAAGGGGUUAAAUACAAAGUAUUUUGACAACUGAAUGUGGUCCACAAAUUGUAAAAUCUAUAGCGACCCUCUCUGAAGGUCAAAUGUAUGGACUAGCCCUAUGUGUAUUGCAAGUUCAGUGGAAGACAGAAACUUUACCAGAAUAUAUUUUCCAUGAAACUAGCAAUCUGCAGUUUGUUGAUUAACUACAGGCAGAUUGCCUAUAGUUUGUUAAAUUGGAUCAGUAAAUUCAUUAGUUGUCCCUUUCAUCACAAGUGAUUAAUAUCAUCACUCCCAACACAGUCUAGACAUUAGCUAACUUUAAUUUUGAGUUGAAAUGCAAAACAAAAUAUCCAUAAACCUCAAUUUGUCUUCCUCUUUUUCAGUGAGUUUUAAUAUUUAUUUAUUUUUAAAUUACAUUUUCAUAUCUCUACUGUGUGUAAUAAUUUUUUAUUAUUCUAAGCGAACAUUUCAGAUUCUUUCUGGAUAUUGCAAAAUAAAUAGGAUACCAUAUAGUCUCUCAAACGUUUUAUCCACAUCUGAAACUUGUAUUUUCUUAAAAAAAAAAAAAAUUUAAAAAAAGGAACAAUUUAAACUGUUUAAUGUUAUUGGUUCUCUUAUACACACUGAUCUUCUAGCCUGCCUUUAUGUUGGCUAUGCAAAACGUGUUUUAGAUAAAGGUUGUUUUUUUUUUGUUUGUUUGUUUUUUUUUUUUUUUUUUUAUAACCACUUUGGUAUUGAUUAUAGUUAUAAAAUGUUCUUGUAGAUCCAGAUUAAUCACGUAAGUCCCAGAUGUUAGUACAGUUUACACUCAAAUCUAUUAAAUAUUUACAAUAUGGGUGUAAUUUCUCUUUCUGAUUGGCAUUGCAAAGAAUACCAUGGAUCAUUCGUGCCAAAUUGAUAGCAUGAAAGAAAGGACUAUCAUUAAAUUAGUUUAAGGAUGCAAGCAUUGCGAGGGAAAUGUUUACUGAGUGCAUGUAAUACAGUACAUAAAAGAAAUCAUAUAUUUGCAGAGUUACAGCAGGUACAUUUUACAUAGAAAAAAAAUUAGCAAUACUGGAGAUUGCCAUCUUGAAUUUCUGUUUCCACCAUUGCAAGACUUUGUAUCAUUAAUACAAGUAUUCGUGUGUGGCUUUUUAAAAUUGCUACAAAUGGUUUUAAAUAACCCAAGUUUCUGUCCUAGUGAUUUUUAUGGACAUGGGUAAAUGGGUUUUAUAUUUGUUUUCAUAUGCUAGUGGGAUUAUUAGGGGAAAGAAAACCCUUUUCCUGAUGUGAAAGGUUCCAGCCAUAUAUGAAGGAAAAUAGUAGUUAUUCGUACUAUGAAUUCUAAUAUGAAAGAAUUACAUUACACCCUGACUAGAACAUAGAAAUAAAACUGCCAGACUCAUUUAUUUAUCUAUUUUUUACUUUCUCUAAAAUCAUAUUUGGGGUAAUCUUUGUUUUGUUGCAUGCACAAUGUUGUUGCUAACAAAUGUUUGCUAUAUUACUGUAAUAUUCUUUAGGAUCAAAGUAACAGUGUUCCUAUUUUGCCUUUUUAGAAGAAAUUGUGAUCACUGUGUUUAUUAUUAUUGCCAUUUAUAUAGCGCCAACAGAUUAUGUAGCUGUAGUGGAGCUCCGGUUGGGUACCUCCGCCAAAGGACCGAUUCCUAGCUGGAAUCGGGGACAAACUACAGCACUUCUUGCCCUCAGUCACCGUGGCUGGACUGGGGCCCUGGAACCGCCGUUUCCUGGAGCCGAAUGGGGAAUUAGCUUCAGUGGUGGGAUCGGCUUCCUAGCCCUAGGAAAACCAGCACUACGGCAGUAUGUUUUACAGGAAGUGGAGUGUGUCGUCCUUCCUCCCCAGCGACUGUUUUCAUUGCAGGGAGAAGAGACAACCGGUCUCUCUCCCCAGCGGCAGUAUGCAUCUCAGGGAGCCGACCCAGCGGCUGGAGUUUCAGGGAGAGGAGACAACCGGUCUCCCUUCCCAGCAGCAGUGUACCUUCCAGGGAGAAGAGACAACUGAUCCUUCUCCCCAACCACAGGGAGACAGCAGCCCUGACCCCAAUUUUGCAGAUGGUGCACCAGACCUACAGGGAUGCUGGACGGCCGGUCCAGAUCCCGAAUCCUACCCCACUGGAAUACCAGGAGGAGGAGGUGGCGAUCCACCCUCUCUACAACAGACCCCCUACCAGGUCCUGGGGGUAGUAUUCGCUGAUCCCACCCCAGCAGAAGAGCUGACAUCCGGGCAGAGCGCAGUUGACCUCUGUCCUCCCACUUUUCUUUGUCCAUGGCCUGAAUACCCUCAGGCCACCCCAGCAGACGCGCUGGCAACAGGGCAGAGCGCAGUUGGCCUCUGCCCUUCCGUUGUCCUUGAUCCUGGAACUGGCAUCCCUCUCAGUUGCCCAGCUGUAAUGCUGGCCGCAGAGCAGAAUACCAUUGGUCUCUUCCCACCAAGAAGCCAGGAGUACCAGUCUUUACCUGAGGGUGUGCUACUCGACUAACUCAGGCACCGACCAACAGUUGGUCAGGUACCUGGUUAGUCUCCCCCCUAGGGAGGGCGAUAUGUGGCGAAAGUGACCUCUCCACUGCUUUUUGGAGGGGCCUGUUUGGUAGCCUCUUGCCCUAUGACUAUGGCCCUGUGGUGAACUUGGGACUACAAACACUAUUUGUACCUUUUGUCCUGCUAUGGUGCAGUAUAUGGGGCUACCGAAUGGAUUAUGCUUAUGGUGUUUGUUUACUGAACAAACUGACGAACAGCCAGACCACCCGCAGGUGGAGUGUGCUGCUGGUUAACAUCCCAGAAGCUGUGGUUAGCCGCAGCCUAAUUGACAAACGGCUGGGUGGUCGGCGUUCGUAUGCACGAACACAUGACGGCAGCCAUCUUAAACUGUCGAACGGCCAGCGGUGUUUUGCCGUUGAAUGCAUGGAACUAUUUUCGGACGCCGCUGGAACUUCCAGCAAUUCGGCUCUUUUCAUAGGAACGCAGCGGCGUUCGGUAUAUUUAAACACAAGACCCAGGGUCACACAUAGACUAUGGCUUUUCACCCAUUCAUUUGGUUAUUUGAACUAUGAGAAAUAGACCGACCACACAGCCCAAAUCUGUGGAACUAUUUUGGGCAUGAAAGCCAUGCUUGUAGUCGGUCAAAUACGACCUCCAGGAAUUUCCUGAACCCCUGCUCUGAUCUGGGUGAUUUUUGGAUAUGUUGUUCACCCAAAUCAGGGCUAUCCAGUUAUGUUUUAGGGUGUUUUCUGUACUUUGGGGAAAUUGUGUGUGUUCUGACUCUGAAUAAUUGAGUUAGUCCAUUGUGUUUGUUAAUUGUAUCACAGGCAGAGGGGAGGGUUUGUGUACAGUAACUGGAAGUGUUAAAGUGUAAAACUCUGUUUCUAUUGGAUUGUGAAUUUAAUGUCCUGUGCCUCACAAGGUCCCCCUGGGAGUCAACCUUGUUGGGGAAAAACAGUAUAAAAGGCAGUGUGUCCCAUUAAACAUUCUGUUACUGCUUACACUCCAAAACUGUGUCGUCCUGUUAUCGGAGGGAAAGAUUUGCUCCUGUUGCUUUUGCUGUUCCAGCUUGCAUCAAUGUAGGUUUCUUCAUGUCCGAUUUCAUUCUCUUUUAUCUGAACUCAUUUUGUGCUCUGCAUUGAUUGUACCACUGUUUUUGUUGUUUGUUUUUUGUCUUCAUCUGUUUAAAACCUUUUACAGGCAGGAACAACCUUUCUCCACUGGUACCUUUUUGAUGUAUUUUUUUAUUUCUAAUAUUGAAUUCAGAAUUUGUUUUAUUUGAUGUGCAUAUAUGGACACCUAUUGUAUUUGUAGAACAAUCGUAAGGUAAUUUAAUAAAAACUCAUUGAAGGUGAACAUUACACAAUUUAGUUGUGUUGUUUUUUUUGUUUUGUUUUUUUAACCAUUAAACUUUUUUUUUUUUUAUCUUCAAAUUAUAGAAGCCUAGUUAAGGCCAGAGCCAAGCCUAUUCCCCCACGGUUGUUAUCUGAGGAGGAAUACCGGAAACAGGGAGAAGUGGAGACUAGGAAAGCAUUGGAAGACCUUCGACAAUUUUGCAGUAGUCCAGAUUUUGCUGCAUGGAAGGUGGUGUCACGAAUCCAGACACCAAAGAGGUAAUGUAUCACUUUUUAAAUUUUUUUUAAUUCUUUAUUCUUUAUUUUUGCAGUGCAUAGAUGGUAACACACACUUGAUGUAGACAUGACGGUAUAAAAUCUAAAACGGAAAAAGAAAUUUGCACUUUUAGCUAAGCUGAAUGCACUAUUUUAUUUUUUUUUUUCUUCAAGAUACAGAAGAUUAGUAACACGUGUAAGUGGCAGAAAAUACCACCCUUAAGACCCCUGGCAUAUACAUAUAAUAAGUGAAUAUAGGCCCCAGCUAAACAACAAUCUGAAGACAUUAGAAAUUAACUGGAAACUCUGCAAAUAAAAUAAUUCUCUCUUAGUGUUGCUUCUAAUGGGUAAUGGAGGAGACCGCUAACUGCCAGAGUAGAUCAUGGUAGCAAAGCCCUGCUCAGACAAGGCAGACCAGGGAGAUAAAAAUUGCCCAGUAAGUGUAAUGACUGCAGUGUUCUCCGCGAGGUUCCCCCACCCCAGGGAAAACCUGGGGGAUGGUACUCUGCCUUCUUCGCUGGGGAUCGCGCUGGUCGGAACUGCCGUGUUCGGGACUGACCUGAAGCUGGAGCAGGGAGAGUGCUCAGUGGCACUCCUGAGCUGGGCUACAGCCCGACUUCUGCGAGGUAUGUGGGUGCAGUUUCACCCAAAAAUCAGUGCAAAUUCUAACUAGUGUGGUUCUUGGUUGCUGGGCUCCGAUGCGCACGUGGCGUCCACCAUCUUGGCUAGGUUGCUGUGGCUUCUGCCUAGGCAAAUCGCAAUGCAAUGAAGCCCUCUUUCAGCAGGGAUGCCUUUUAGGUGCAAACUGGGAUAACCCCCACUGGUCCAGUGGGUGAUUCAAGCAGCUAGCUGGUGGUCCAAGCAGGAGAUCAGCUAGGUCGCAGUCUGGUAAAUGAGAUUGCAGCAUUCUCACUAAUCUAGUGUCUUGUGUGGCUGAGAGCAUUUUCUCUUAAAAGGACUUGGGACCAGGCUAUGCAUUGUGUGAAGGGGACAAGAGCAUAACAGAAUGUACUAUGUACUGUUGGCCAAAUCCUCAAUAGAAGGCCCUGUGAGAAGUACGGCACUCAGCCACAAUACAUUAGGUGUAUUUUUUGCGUGUGUUUAACUAGAACUGAUUUUCUGGUGUCUGUGCAUAAGGGUCAGAAGGCAUCUUGGCCAGAGUCAUAACCAAGGAUUUUUGCAUUAUUCUGGAUUUAAUGAUUGAACUCCUGCAUUUGUGUGGGAAUAUUUAUAUGGGCGGUGGUGUCCUGAGCACAAAUGUUAUUACAUUUCCCACCCUCCCCUUUAUUGCUGCACUAUUCACCCAAUAAAUGCUUCUUCUAGCCUUUACUAGAGUAAGGAGGUGUCUCUUCAGCUUUGUUGGGGUGUCUUUUUUGGUUUUCACUUUGAUUAUUUGACUCCUGGCAUUUGACGUUCUGAUGAGAAUGUAAUGGUACUCCUUUUUUAUAUAUUUUGGAAGAAUGUAAGGCUUAAAUAGUCCGUCAUGCAGUAUUUUUCCAGCAGGGUCUAUUACCUUGCUGGUAAGUGUGAGCCCCAGUUAUCAUUUGAUUCCUGGGGCCAGAAUUAGUGCAAACAAGCAUUUAAAUGGGGAUUUAAAUUCCCACUAUUACAAUUUGGUGUGAUCGGGGUUAAAUCCCUGCUCACACAAGGGUGUUCCAGGUAUCAGUGGAAACCUGGAGCUCACCUCUAUCAGCUGGGGAAAUUUUUAGUGACCCCAGCCUUUUUGAUAAGCUACAGGCAGUGCUGGAAGUCAGUGUGGCAUGUAUCUGCUUAAAUAGGCAUUUAAAUAACUAUAUCUAGAUUGUGGUGUAAGCAGGGUUAAAUCCCUGCUUACACCAGGAAACCCAGUAAUCAUUAGAAACCUGGGGCACCUCCGUCAGCUGGGGUCGUUUUUAGUGGCCCCAGACUUUUUGAUGAGCUGCAUGCAGAGCUCAAAGUGCGGUUGGCAUGCAGCUCUUUAAAAGGGACACUAUAGUCACCAGUGAAACUACAUGUAUUCCUGACCCUAUAGUGUUAACACGACCAUCAAGCCCCCCUGGGCCCCUCAUGCCUUCAUAAAUAUAGUAAAAAUCUUACUGUAUUCAAGCCAGAAGCUGUAAAUCUGCAUGCUGUUAGACUCAGGAAAAACAAGCAGUCUGCUGACAUGUGAUAGCCUGAUCCAAUCACAGUGCUUCCCCAUAGGAUUGGCUGAGACUGACCAGGAGGUAGAUCAAGGGCAGAGCCAGCAUGAUUCAAACACAGCCCUGGCCAAUCAACAUCUCCUCAUAGAGAUGAAUUGAACCAAUGAAUCUCUGUGAGGAAAGUUCAGUGUCUGCAUACAGAGGGAGGAGAUAGUAAAUCACAGGAUGCUGUGCACAGGGCUGCCCUGUGCUCUGCUGACAGCAGAUCUGAGUGGAUAGAGGCAUAUUAUGCCUCCAUCCACUCCGAAGUCCCUCUGGUUCACUCUGAGUGACUGCAACUGGUGAUGUUCCUAGCUUUCAAUGUAAACACUGUAUUUUCCCAGAAAAUACAGUGUUUACAUGAGAGGCUGCAGGGAGCUAUAGUUCUCACCUGAACAAUCUCAUUAAGCUGAUGUUGUUCAGGUGACUAUAGUGUCCCUUUAAUGGGGAUUUACAUCCCCGUAGACUGUGAACAGAUAAAUCUCUGCUCACACCACGAAACCUAGGUAUCAAUAGAUACCUGGGGCUUCCCUCGGUCAGCUGUGGCCAUUUUUUGUGGCCCCAGACUUUUUGAUGGUCUGCAUGUAGCCCUUUAAAUCCACCAACAUUGCAGGAGAGCGACCAAGCUCAACUACAGUCAUUUUCUCAAGUGAUCUGGUGCUUGGGAGACCCCCAGGCUCUGAACAGCCUGGGGCCCUCUAUGCCCCAAUGCCAUUCUGAUCAGUGCUGGGCUUUUUCAGUUUCCCAGCACAGAUCGCAUUGCAUUGGGCAUAAUGUCUUUAAUGUAAGAGAUGGGAGACUGCAAUACUGAAAAUAGCCAAUAGAUGGCAGCAAAAUACCACUGUCUGUUUUAGUUUAAAAUCCCUUUACUAAUAUCAGUACUGAUAUUAGCAGAGGGAAACUCUUGGGAUUAAAAUUAAAUUAAUGAUUAUUAUUCAGUUUAGAAUAAAUAUUAGAUUUAUUAUCCGGUUUAUUAUUAAAUUUAUGUUUAACAUUAGGUUUAUAAUGUUUGUAGUAUUGGGAUUAUAUUUCAGAUUAGGAUUCAGAUUAUGGUUCAGAUUAAGAUUUGGGUCAGCACGGGCAUCCCUUGCUGAAUAUAUCAGGGGAAUUCCUCUGCUGAAACCAGCAGGGGGAAUCAUUUUAACACUAUUGCUAAAGGUAGGAUUGAGAUUAGGAUUAAGGUUAUAAUUAGGGUUACACAUGGGUUUACAUUAUGGGUUAGGAUUGUGGUAAGGGUUUGAGUAGAUUGAGGGUUAGAUUUGGGAUUAGGAUUUGGUUUAGAAUUAGGGCUUGGUUUAGGAUUAGGAAUUUAGAUUGGGAUUAAGAUUAAGAUCACUCCCUUCCAAAGAGAUACAUAUGGGGUAUAUUUGUACUGAGAAGAUGUUGCGGAGUAGAGCUAAGAUAAUUUAAUGACCAUGGGACACACGAGAUUUUAAAAAAUAAGCAUAAAAAAUACUGUGUAUGUAAAAAUGUUAAAAUAAAAACGAAUACCACAAACUUUGAAACAAAAUGGUAACAAAAUAUCACUUCAAUAAAGCUUAUAAUUUAUGUGAGAGUCCCCAUGGUGUCCACUUUUGUAAAUGGUAUGCAUUGGUGGCGUAAUUUAAAUAUAUGUGCGACUAAAAUGCCCCAAAAUGAAACAAAGACCCAUUGUCAAUUUGCCAUUAAAAAAAUAAACUGUACUGAGUUGGGUAUGAUUUUAGCCCUGUAUUUUCACAAAAACCUGGCUACGGUGUAGAAAGGGGGUCAUUUUGUACUAAGGAAAUAUCGCUGAGAAUAAUUUUGUGACUUAAUUUACAGUAGCACAUAAAUUUCCAAAAUUAACCACUAAAAUACAUGUGUAUAAAAAUGCAAAAAUAAAACAAUAUAAUAAAAUUUGAAAGAAAUUGGUGGAAACAUAACAUAAGCUCAAAAUAUACCGUAUGACAUAGCCCGUGGUGUCAAUUUUCACAAAUGGUAUGCAUUUAUGGGAUUAUUUUAACUGUCAAAAUGCUACAAUGCCCUAAAAUGUGAUAUAGACACAUCAAAUCCAUUUUAUCAAAAUUCUAAUUGUAAAAACUGUAAUGGUCAGGACUCUUUUAAGGCUCUGUAGCUUCACAGGAUAGUGGCAAAGACAUACAUUGGGGGUAUUGAUUUAUUCAGAAGAGUUUGAAAAGCGUAAUUAUGGGGUUUUGAUCAGUGGCACAUACCAGACUUGAAAUAUGACCCCAAAAAAUGUAAUGUGUUUGUAAAAAAUGCAAAAAUUAAAAUAUUUUACCACAAAGUUUGACAUAUACUAGUGAAAAAAUGCCAUCACAUUAGCACAAUAUACACAAUAUGAGAUACACUGUAGUGUCUACUUUUUUUUUUUUGGUAGGUCCUUGAGGGAUAAAUUCAACAGUCAAACUGCUACAAUGCCCCAAAUGAGACUUGCCCCCAUCAAAUUCAUCUAUCAAAAUUAUCACUGUGAAAACUGAAAUGGUCAGGUCUCUUUCAUGGCACUGUAAAUUCACAGGAUAGGGGCAAAGGCAUAGAUUGGGGGUAUCGUUUUACUCAGUAGAUAUGGCUAAACACAGUAUGGGAUUUUCUACAGCAGUUGUAUACAUCAGCUUUAUGAAAUACACAUUAAAACAAUCCUUGUUUUAUGUGUGUAUGUUAGAAAUGGGAGAAAAACACAAUUUUGCUACACUAUUUAGCAGAGAUUGGCGGCGAAAUGGCUACGUAAAAAUUGUCGAAUACCCUUAGGUAAAUAGCCUGGGAUGUGUGCUUUAUAUAAAUAUAGACUUUUUUGUGCAGCAAUUGCUUUCUGUGAUGGCUAUUAAAGGACCACUAUAGUGCCAGGAAAACCUACUCGUUUUCCUGGCACUAUAGUGCCCUGAGGGUGCCUCCACCCUCAGGGCCCCACUCCCGUAGCGCUGAAGGGGGAGGAAGGGGUUAAUCCCUUACCUUUUUUUUCCAGCGCCGGGCUCCCUCGGCGCUGGGACUCUCCUCCCUUUUCUGACGUGCCUGGCUGAAUGCACAUGUGCGGCAAGAGCCGCGCGCGCGCAUUCAGCCAGUCCAUAGGAAAGCAUUCUCAAUGCUUUCCUAUGGACGCUGGCGUCUUCUCACUGUGAAAAUCACAGUGAGAAGCGCGGAAGCGCCUCUAGCGGCUGUCAAUGAGACAGCCACUAGAGGCUGGAUUAACCCAUAGGUAAACAUAGUUUCUCUGAAACAGCUAUGUUUACUGCAAAAAGGGUUAAACCUAGCUGGACCUGGCACCCAGACCACUUAAUUAAGCUGAAGUGGUCUGGGUGCCUAUAGUGGUCCUUUAAGCUUGCAAAACAAAACAUACCAAACUAAAAUAGCUUCACAUUAAAAUUUUAUUUUACUUUUUGUAUUUUGUCACCUGUAACUUUCAAAAUAAGCUGAAAUCCUAGACAUAUUAUGUACUCUGAAAAUCAGAACAACUAAUUAACUUUUUUUUAAAUUCCUUUCCUUAAGCUGCACUUAUUAUACACACGUUAUUAUUGCCUAAACUGUGGGGGGGGAAACUAUUAGUUUUUAUAUUUUUUGCAUUUUUUUUUAAAAUUCAUUUUAUUUAUUUAUUUGCAUUUUUUAUUUUUCUUGUGCAUAAUAUAACAUAGAAGCUUGCAGAGCCACGACAGCAGACGCAAGCCUUUCAACAGCAUCCACGUACGUGGCAGAAAAAACAGCACAUUUUUUAUAUAUAUAUAUAUAUAUAUAUAUAUAUAUAUAUAUAUAUAUAUAUAUAUAUAGAUAAUAACCAGCUUUGAUGAUUUAGUGAAACGUAGUGUUAAUGCUAAGCUACAUAUGCUUAUGAAAAUAAUGGUUAUGCUUAGAGUUAUAGGUGUGUGUGGCAUAGCAUUUAUGUGGAGAGUAAUCGUUGUUACUUCGUUAAGCAGGCUGAGAUAUGUGGACGUGGAGUACGUGUGAGAGGUUAGAUUAUGCGCCUAGAUUGAAUGUACUCCUAUGGCUAUCGCAUGAUGCAUCAUAGAAUUAAUAGAGCAUAGGAUUAAUAAUGCCAGCGAGAAAGUAAAGUGAUAUAAUAAAAUCCCCCUAGGGUUUCCCAGACAUGAAUCCUUCCCCAAACGAGCCGGCUGGCAGAAAGGUAUGCCCUCAAGUUCGUGGCGAGGCUCAGGGUGCCGCGUCAGGUCUCUCCGUCCGCAGACCAGUGGCUCUAUUCGCCCAGGGUGGUUUAACCAAUGCCGCGUUGUGGCUGUGUAGUACCCUGCUGCGGUUGCUCAAGAAGCCGCCAUGCAGUGAUCUAUCUUGUGUGGUUGGGGUCGGCUGGCUGGACCGUGCAGCUGGAGUAUAGUCACCUCUGUUGAAGUGAGUACUUGAGGAGGUCCUGUGCUCAGUCUCCGUUUUGCUGCCUUUCGUGGAGGAGGUGUGUUUUUGGCUCUCCGCCGCCAUCUUGUGGCUGUGUUACCCGCCGGGGGUUCUGCUUGUUGUCGCUGUGGGUCAGGUGGCAGCUGUCGAGGUGAGUAGCUUUUCGACAGUAGUAGGGUACUUUGUUGUAGUCUGUGCUCGAGCUUGAGCCAGAAUUCUUGAAAUUUGCGGUCCAGGCUGGACACAUGGUUGUGUUGCACUUCUUGGUUGUCUGAGGGCCGCAUAGUCUCCGCCAUCUUUGGUGUGCCUCUCAUCUCUCUGGCUAACCUCCCUGUUGUUACCGCCGCGUCGAGGAGGACCCCCAGGGGUGGACCGGGAUUACCGCUUAUAGCAGUCGGUACUAAGGCAGCUCCAGACCGGGAGAUCGGCCGCCUCUCCCAUCCAUCGCCUGCCGGGCCGCACACUCUCGCAGACAUAUAUGUCCGUCUGUUGUCCGCUCAUGGGCCGUAUUACCGGGUCACCACGGGGACUGGAGGUUGGUAAUUCGCUUAAGGUCUCGUUUGAGGGUUGUUUGUGGUCAAGAAAUGCCAUAGUUAGGAGCACUAGCAAGGCACGUCUUCCCUCCAUGACAGUCAGGCCCCACCCCCUUCAUUUUAUAAUAAGUAAGGAUUUAUAUAUGUAUAUGUCACCUCAGAUUAAAGCCCUUUUUGUCCUUUAAAAAACAGUAUAUAACGUGUUGGUGCAAUAAAUAAGAAAAAUGCAAACUGAGGUUGAACACAAACAGCAAAAAAUUCAAAAAUUGCUUGUGUCCUUAAGGGUAAGUCCAGUUUUUUUAAAAAAAAAUUUCAAUUUUUAUUUUCAAAAAGUAAAAGGUAAAAAAUAGGUACAGAACAAAGAGGGGGAGGGGGAGGGAAAAGGUGGGGGAGCAUGGGAGGCGACAAGCCAAUAUCAUGUUCCUUUCGCAGAAGGAGAGAAGUAAGUGACACAUCUGUUUACUUAUAUCACAAUAUAUCAAAAUAUAACAAAAUGUCAAAAUGUAUCGAAGUGUCAAAAAGUCCAAUGAAUCAUGUAAGCGUUGAGUAGUAUCUGUGAACACGUAGGGUCUGAGAACAAGUAGGCUAUCUCCAUCCUCCACCUGUAUCUUAUUUUAGUUGGCAGUCUAUUAUCCUAAUUCUCUAUGCUAUCCAAGUUAUAGUUUCAAGUGGGGAUAUGGUGUAGUUGGGUAAGUCCAGUUUUUUAAGCUGCAUCCUUAAGGGGUUAAUCUACAUCUGUGAAAUACUGCUUCUUAUCCAUUAACCCAUGAUCUUUCAUGCUGCCUAUUGUUAUAGUAAAGGUUAAGUGAUUAAGUAGUGAUUAAUCUGGGGAUACAUUAAAAGAAAUGAAAGAAAAGCUAAUUUUACAAUGGAUACUAUUUACAUUACACAUUAGUGUAUAAAUACAGUGUAGACAUUGUGGACAUAGGAAGAGCUAUCUAGCUAGUUCAUGUGGUAUACAGGUGUGUAUUGCAGUUAGGCUCGAUAAACUAUGUGACAUUCCAUUUAGGUGAAAGUUCCAAUGCAGUCAUUAAUAUAAACCCGUAGAAACAGUUACAUGGAAGUUAAAACAUAACAAUUUAUUGAAUUAUUUUUUUGAGAUCAUAUGAUGCAAAAAGAAAUAAAUAAAUAAAAACAAGUAGCACUAGAAAUAAUAGCAUGUGAAUAAAAAAAAAAAAAUGAAACACUGCUUUCUGUGGUGACGAUGAUGCCAGGUGUGUCCUGUUGCCCCAUGUUAGUUCGGCAUUUAGUCUUAUUGCGCAACGUUUUUAGGGUGAGAAAAUCAAAUUUAAAAAAAGAAAAUGUGUGUACACAUUUUGAACCUUAUUUUGAAAUAAUAUUGUCACAAGGUGCUUAGCUAAAAGAAGAAAAAAAAUCGGCUUCAGUAAAACUAAUUUUGAUUUUAAUUUAGAUAGAUCACUCACAGUAAAAUAAAUGGCUGUAUUUUAAUUUAUGAACACUAGAUGGUGUUGGCAAAAUUGUUUUAACUGAUUUUAUAGAGGGACUAUCACCAUUAUUUUUAUAAACAAAUCUAUAAAAAUUGUGUGUGUGUAUGUGUGUGUAUAUGUGUGUGUGUGUGUGUGUGUGUAUGUAUAUAUAUGUGUGUAUAUAUAUAUAUUUAAGAACAAUGUGUUUUGUGAGGUCUGAAAAAAAUUAUUAAAUAUAGAAAUCCAUAGUGCUGUAUUCUUUAAUUGAAUGCCUCCAUCUUUUCUCUGUGUCAAUCAUUAUGUUCUUUGCACCUCAGUCUGCUUAAGGAUCAGAGCAGAAACAGAAUUAAUAUUUCUUCUACAGUGCAAUAUGUGCCAUGACUAAACUGUAUUCAGAUGUAAAUUCCUACAUUUUUAAUAUACAUUCAAAAGAAAUAGGGUCUCUAUGUAAAAAAAGUUAACACAAGUUAUAGAAAAAAUUAAGCCAUGUGCUCAAACUCCCACUAAUUCUGGGUUGCAGCAAUUGUCACAGUAGUAAAACAAAAAAUAUACCUGCGCAUUAUACCACAGGAGGUAUUCAGUAGGCAAAAUCUUAGAUAGGAAAGGGUAUUUUCAUAAACACCCAGUGCUGCCACACACGAGCAUCGAGGUGAAUCGUUAGUGUAGAAUUCACCUAAAAGUUUUUAUUUGACAGGGCAAGUGAACGUGCCCUUUAAUGGCCAUUGGAAUGGUACUGAAAUCCCCAUAUUAUUUAAAUGUACAUAGGGAUUUAGACUAGUGCACAGGUAACUUUUUAUUGCUUUUGCUCUACACGUUAUAGUUGGUUAUCAUGCUGCUAUUAAUUGGUGUAGUAUGCAAAAAAGUGACAGGUAAAGAGGUCAGGUAUUAAACACUCUAGACAACAUAAAAUACCAGGCUGUAGUGGUUAUGCUACUUAGAUUGUCCUGGCACUGUUCCCAUGUUUAAUGUCAAACCUUUUAGAAACCGUUUGGCAUAAACCACAGAUCUCAUGGAGACUUCUAACUCCUAAGCCAGAUUGAUAGUGUAAAAACAACACUACAAAUUUUAUUUUCCUCCAGCAUUGACAGCACUGAGUUGCAAAGAGGACUGGCGGUGGGUUAGUCCACUACCCCCAGCCAGUCCCCUCUGUUCAGGUUGAAUUAAAAAAACAAAACAUUAAUAUACAGUGUUAAUUUUGUCAACUAACUAUUUUAGUUGACUAAACUAGACUAAAAAUAAAACCAUUCAGAUAACUAAAAUAAGACUAAAACAGCUUUUUAGUCAGGGCUAUGACAUUUAAAUUGAAAUUUGUGGCCAAAAUUAACACUGGCUGGUAAGACAGGGGAGGAAGGAGAGGAAAUUGGGUACAUGGAGAGCUGAGGGAAUGACACAUAUGGGGCACAUGGGGGAGGGGCUGAAAGAAUGAGGCACAUUGGGCAGGGGCUGGGAGAAUGAGGCACAUGGGGGAGGGGCUGGGAGAAUGAAGGAGGGGGCAAAAAGGCACUGAGGGGUUGGGAAAGGGACAAAAGAGACAGAGGCUUUAACUAAACCUAUUAGAUUUUAGUUGUGUUGACUAAAACCUACUGGAGAUUUAGUCGAUUAAAACUAAAACCAUUCAGAUUACUAAAAUACGACUGAAAUGACAAAAUACUAUGAGAAAAAAUUAAAUUGAAAUUUGCUGUCAAAUUAAUACUGUUAAUAUGAAAGUGCUAAUUCCACCCUUCCAAUGUGGCCAAGGAAGAGGCACUGUCUACAUGUCUGGGAGAAUGCCUAGUUUGUGUGGAACGAUGCCUAAACAAUUUGACAGUAAACUGAACAUGGCAUCAGGACUCUCUUUGCAGCAGAACCAUUAACACAAGCUAUAUCCUUUUUCUUUUUUUCUACUUAUUUGUUUCAAAAUUUAAUGUAGUCAGCCAAUGGUUUAAUAGAUUAGGUGACAAAUAUAUGAAAAGUUAUAAUAUAUUUGAUUUAUAGUAGUGAAUAUCAGCUGCCCUCCCCUGAAUAUGCGUACAUAAGGGUGCUGUUUAAACCAACUGAUAUUACUUUAUAAAGCACCCUCCCUUCUAAAUUUGCUUGUGGCUUAGUUUAGAUUCUGGUGGUUUAAGGAUAAAAUAUGAUCCUAUACUGCAUUAGCCUUCAACAUUGACCGUAUAUCACAUUUUUGGAUGGUCCUAUUCUAGGGCACUCUAAGAAACAAAACCACUACAACACGCUGUAGCAGUUAUAGUGGCAAGAGUCUUCUGGCACCAUUACACAGUAAGAAUUCAACCAGUUUGACCAUUACCUGGGUCCCUAGAAUGUCUGACCUUGUCCUUAUUUUGACAUCUAUUGAUUAAGCUAGUUUGGAAUGGAGUGCGCUGUAUUUAACUUAUAGUACUUGCAGACUUUGUAAUUAAUCUUGUCUGGUUUACUUUCAGAUUUGCUGACUUUGUGGAAGGUUCAUCUCACUUGACACCCAAUGAAGUAUCCAUUCAUGAGCAUGAAUAUGGCUUGGGGGGAUCUUUCUUAGAGGAAGAACUGUUUGGGGAUGACAGUGACAUGGAGAAUGAUUUACAUCCUCAAAGCACAUAUUCUCCAAUUCGGCAACCUUUUUGAUAUUGUGCAAAUGUGUUGCAUAUAUAGGAGUCACAGGUGUGUUGCAAAUGAAUAUCAAGCCAUAACAUGAAGAGUCUGGUUGGACAAAAAAAAAAGUGACAAAUAGCCAAUACAUUUGGGCUCCAUCUAGCAAAUAGUUGAUGCUGCUUCCAAGAAGACUAUGCCUUGGAUAUCUUGGCAUUGAAAAGUCCAAAGAAUAAUGAAUGUCAAAGGUCUAAACGUGUGCACUGUUUUGUUUUUAAAACAAGAGUUAAUCUCCCUAAAGAUUAUGGAUAUGCACAACAUACCUGACAAAUCUGUGUUUUAAUUAUGCAAGGAUGAGCCAUAUGUUGAAUAUUUUUAUUUAAUGUAUCUUUUCUCUACUUUUUAUAAAAGAUCACACCAUUACAUAUAUUUUUGUUUGUUUAAAUACAGAGGAGUGCAAUAUAUAUGGUGUUUUUGUUUCAAACAAAGUCGUGACUAAUUUUGCACAUAGUAAUCCGACUUUUCCUUCAUUAUUUCCUCUCCUGUGUAGUGUGCAUGUAGAUAUGUUAAGUUCUGUAGUGGAUUUACUGCAUUUCAUUGAGUAAACUCUAUACUUUUUUUGCCAAAAGGAAGACCAUUUUUUACAGUCAAUUUACAUGCAAAAUAAGGUUUUGUUUUGUUUUUUUGUAUUGAAGUUAUCUUUAGGCAUUUUUUUAUUUAUAUGCAACAUGGUGCUGUAGUAUGUUUUUUUUGUUUUUUUUUAAACUUUUUUUUUUUUUUAUGUAUGCUCACAGAUAUUAUGUAUAUGUAUGACAACAUGCUAAAUAGGUUAGAUACGCGUGUCAGUCUUCUUACCAUUAAUAAUAUCUGGUCAGAUUUAAGCGACCAUUUUCAGCAUGGCAGUCCAGCUCAACUGCCUAUUUCGGUCAUGGCUCUCUAUCCCACUUCCCCCACUUGGUUAUGUCUAUACAACCCAUCUGCCCAUUUUGGCCAUGAUCUCUCCAAUUGUUACAGGAAAAAUAUUAUCUGGUUUCUGCUGUAAACUAGAAAGUUUGGAUAGUUGACAAGAGAAUUGCAAAUUUUAGGCCAAAGUAGCCAUUAUUGAAUAUUAAGGCUUAAACUGAGUUAUUCCUUGUUGGUUCUCCUCACUUGCUUAUUUAGUAACAAUCCCUGGAUGUUUAAAAAAAAAAAAAAAGUGUUAUUCGUCAGACCACUACAUUGUUUUCUUUGACAAUAUUAUAGAUAUUCUGACAGGGUUACAAGAUGCAUUAUAUUUUUCUCUCCAAUCAGACAAAAUAUUCAAACCUUUAGACAGUUGUCUGGUUAUUUCAGUCAUAUACUAGAAUUGUUUUUAUUUCUACAUGCAAAAUAUUUCAUUAUAGUGUUUAAUACCAGCUUGUUGCUUCUUUUCAAUGUAAAGUCAAAGCAUGUUUACAAAACAGUACAACAGGUUUGGCAGAUUUUGGAUCCUGGAUUAUAUAGACCUUUACCCUAUUGCGAAAGGUGCAUGAGGCAAAGGCACAAAAUAAAUUUGACUAGGUUGAAAUAGUGGAUUCAUAUACCUGAAGUUAUUAGCACAUGACCACUAUUUAAACUGCUGUGCAUCAUGGACUGAAAUGACAUUUUCUAUAUUUGUAAUUAGAAAGUAUUUGACAUUAUGUAUGUAUAUAUAACUUUAUUUUAUUUUUUUUGAUUCCAUUACAUUGGGAAUGAUGGCUUUUUGUUUUGGAAAGGGGGAUUGCCACAUUUGUUAAUUCAUAUUUGAGAUGUUUUGGAAACCGUUAUAAUUACCUAAUCAUAUUUGAGAUAAUAUAUUGGAAGCUUUUAAGAAAAAUGUGUUGAGGUGUGCGCUGUAGAUUAUUUGCAUGUAAAAAAAAAUAAAUAUCCAUUUGCUUAGUUUAUACCAUUAAUAAUUAUUGGAAUUGUGACGCAAGGGAUGGUUUUAAAAAAUAUUCCUGCAAUCACAUUUUGGAAAGCUUGAGUUACAAGUUCAAAUCAGUCUGUGUGACCUUAACUACAUAAUGCUUGCUGAGAUUGUGAACAUUAUAUAAGCAGUUCAUAAGACACUUUGACCCUUAAUUCAAUUUGUGUAAGUACUAUUACUUCUAUCUUCUGCCAAUGAUUUGCAUUUAGUGGUUCUGUUGCAGCAUAUGUAACCUAACACUAACUGUAUCACUCAUGUUUGUGUGUCUUAAUGCUAUGUGAAGCAAGGCCACUCAGUUCACUUGUAAAUGUUUCAUAUAUUAUAUGUAAACAUCCAUUUUUUUCUGAUCCUUUCACAGUUUGUGUUUUUAUUUUUUUGUCCUUUUUAAGAGAAAAACGGGGAGCGGAUAAAUAUCCUGUUAUAUUGAGACAGCAGGUGACCUCAGGGUUAUUUACAUUAAGUGUGAAAUGCAAUGGUUAAAUAUAAGUAACUUGUAAGAAAUCUAUUACUGAAAGGAUCAAAGUAAAUUCUGAAAACAAUGUCUUAAAUGUUUUUCUGUUUGGAAUAGGGGCAUGCUAUUAAAAUGUUUUGUUUUCUUUACUCUAUCAUACUUCAUUUUCAAACCUGCAUGUUUUUAUGUAGUGGUUUAAUAUUUUACCUAAUCUUUUUUUUCCUUUAUUUUGAUGUUCUGUAGAUAUUCUGAAACAAAUCCAGUAUUUACAAAAGUGCCUUUAUCUACAGUAUUGUCACCAAAAAUCAGUUCUAUAAUGUCAUGUUACGACAAAGCAAAUUUGUAUUCGUUUUAAUAAAUUGUCUUUUGUAUAUGA